CUUAUCCAGAAACUCUGAUUCUUUUGAUCCUUUUCUAGAGUCAGCAGAAGAUUUAUAGGAGAUGAACAAGAUGGCCACCUCAGCAAGUUCAAAGCUGAAUAAAGCUGUGAAGCAGCAGUACAUGAAUCUCCCUCAGGGGGACAAGGUCCAAGUCAUGUACAUCUGGAUCGAUGGGUCUGGAGAGGGACUGCGGUGCAAGACCAGGACUUUGGAUUUUGAACCUAAGAGGACUGAGGAUCUCCCCGAGUGGAACUUUGACGGCUCCAGCACCCACCAGUCUGAGGGCUCCAACAGCGACAUGUUCCUCAUCCCUGCAGCCAUGUUCAGGGACCCGUUCAGGAAAGACCCCAACAAGCUGGUGCUCUGCGAGGUGCUCAAGUAUAACUGCAAGCCGGCAGAAACCAACCUCCGGCGCUCCUGUAAACAGAUCAUGAACAUGGUGGAGAACCACUACCCGUGGUUUGGCAUGGAGCAGGAGUACACCAUCCUGGGCACAGAUGGACAUCCAUUUGGCUGGCCUUCUAAUGGCUUUCCAGGCCCACAGGGGCCUUAUUACUGUGGAGUAGGAGCAGAUAAGGCGUUUGGACGAGACAUUGUGGAGUCACAUUACAGAGCCUGUAUGCACGCUGGAGUUCAGAUCUGUGGGACAAAUGCAGAAGUCAUGCCAGCACAGUGGGAGUUCCAGGUUGGGCCCUGUGAAGGAAUCAACAUGGGGGACCAUCUCUGGGUUGCUCGCUUCAUCCUUCACAGAGUUUGUGAGGAUUUUGGCGUGGUGGUGUCAUUUGACCCCAAACCUAUCUCAGGAAACUGGAAUGGCGCUGGUUGCCAUACCAACUUCAGCACAAAGGAGAUGCGUGAGGAUGGAGGACUGAAAGUCAUUGAGGAUUCCAUCGAGAGGUUGGCAAAAAGACACAAGUACCAUAUCCAGGCCUAUGAUCCUAAAGGAGGGCUGGAUAAUGCCAGGCGCCUCACAGGUCAUCAUGAAACCUCCAACAUUGACAAGUUCUCAGCCGGCGUGGCCAACCGCGGCGCCAGCAUCCGCAUCCCACGCUCAGUGGGGCACGAGAAGAAGGGUUACUUCGAGGACCGUCGUCCAUCUGCCAACUGUGACCCUUACAGUGUCACCGAGGCGCUGGUGCGCACAUGUUUGCUUAAAGAGGAAGGAGAUGGGCCCAGAAACUACAAGUGACCAAACUGAGAGAAAGAAGCAUUAUCUGUACUGUAUUUAGUCUGGAGUCUAUUUUAAGACCAAAUAGAAUAAUCUUUACUUUUUUAAAUUUUCUACUUAACAGAUGAAAUGUUGAUUUAUGUGUUCUUGCUUCUCUUUGCUUUCAGUGGUGUCCAGCAGCAAAUGUUGCAUCAUGUUGCUUUAAAGUCACAUGAUCGUUUCAGGAUCUUUGCUGUACAAGUUUAACUUUUAAUAAUGGA